CGGGCCGUGUGCGUAUGUGCGUAGGCUACAGGCAGCGCUAGAGAGUGAGUCCCCACAGUUCAAUACAACCUCAGCAGGCAACAGGCGUCCGUGCGCGGAGCUUAAUUGCACUGGACCUGAUACCGAGCGUGUAAUGGUGACUCAAAACUAAGACAGUUCCGAAGUAUUCAGACAACCUUCUUCAACAGCAAGGCGCAAGAGACUGCAGCAUAAAGGAAUCAUUCUUCGGAUAAUCCGCGGAUGCUGCGUUGGGCGUUGCUGUUGUUGUUCCAGUGACCCAGCCUUCAAUACCAAUUGUUCUGCUAUUUAUCGCGUGGUAAUCCUUUACGGUGGGAUGUCCCACGCUUCCCGACAUCCAAAACAAACCUGUUUGGGAUUAAGUAGGCAAUAUUACGAGCUAGUUCGUCUGCGUUCGGCAGCAUCACUGAGUUUGAGUGCUGGUUGUUUACGAGGUGUACCUGCACAAACGACUUCACGAUUUACGUGAACUUCACGCACACUUCCUCGAGUUACCUGUCAACCUGCAAAUACUAUCCACGAGCUUCAGAGUGACCGACUCAUGGCCAUGGCUCUAUCUGAGCGGGACGCUGAAGUUCCUAUGGAGGAGACCAGGGGGCGCUGUGGCGUGCGGCGGAAUCUCUUCGGCCCCGUCGACCACCAGCAGCUUGAGCAGGAAUUCCAGCGCCUGCUGUGCAUGACCGUUGACACGGCAACGCGCCGCUGGGACUUUGACUUCCUGUCUGAUCGCCCCUCCCCCGGCUCCACCCUGCAGUGGGAGGAGCUGCGAUGCCAGGAUGUGCCAGCGUUCUACCACAGCCGAGUGGUGAAGAGGGCAGGAAGUGGGCGCUGGAGGAGUGAGGUGGGCACCUCCUCCUCUUCCUCCUCCACCUCCUCCUCCUCCUCCUCCUCUCCCACCCACUCCUCCAGCGAGGGGAACGCCAGUCCUCCCCUGUGGAACAGCAGGGCCAUGAAGAGGAGCUUCAGCGCACUCAGCGUUGCCAUGGCACCCAAACACAAACAGGCCACCAUUACAGACUUCUUCACGGUGAGGAAGAGGAGGCGCCUGCAUCACAAGUCCAUGUCACGUCAGUAGGAGGAGCUAGGCAACAGGAGGAGUGGCUUAGCCUCACCAUAGCAAUGGAAGAAAUGGACAUAAAGACUUGAGUGGACUCCUUGUUUGAGCAGAUUCACUUCCUGUCUGAAUGAACUCACUUCCUGUCUACACUGUCAGACACGCCCUCAUCCUCUUCUGAUGUCAUCAGACUCUUCUCUGGCUUAUUUGGUGCAUAAGCAAAGCAUCUGAUAUACUGUGAAACCAAUAAUGCACUCGUAACGUAAACAACCCUCCCCCCUCAAACUACGCUCAUUGCCCCAAACUACCCCUCACCCCUCAAACUACCCCCUCACGCCCCAAACUACGCUCAUUGCCCCACUGUAAACCAGACAACUUAAGCUCCAACCUCAGUGACCUUCGGUAAACAUCUCCCCCUGACCCCUGACCUUUGCCAAAUAUUAGCAGAGGGCCGACGCUCAGUCUCAGAUAGGAGGCCCGCAGGUCAGCAACGUUAUUCUUCUGUGUGUGUGUGCGUGUGUGUGUAAGAAUGACAGCAGGAACUGGGGGGCAGAGGUCACUAGUCACCCUUCUCACCUCUAACAAUCCACUGCACUCUGCUGUCUUUUAUUUAUUUAAUGCUGCUUCAUUUCUUUUGCGGUACUUCAGAUCUGUAACCUGGCCAUCUGUUCAGCUCCAGCAGCUCAAAACGCAAAUGUGGACCAUGAGUACGUAUGUGUACUGUUUAGCUAGUAUGUACAGUAUGUGCACUCUUUAGCGAGUAUGUACAGUAUGUGCACUCUUUAGCUAGUAUGUACAGUAUGUGUACUCUUUAGCUAGUAUAAUCUUCAGUCUUUGGUCGUUUCUCAUCAGAAUAUUGAGUUUAUGGCUUCUGAAGCCGUUUUCUUUUGACGAUGUAGCAAUGUCUGUCCCACGUUUGUCAGCUUUAAGGUAAUCAUACUAAUGAUGUCGCAUAAAGCUAAUAUCAUUGCUAGUGAUGUAGCAGAAAGCUAAUCAUUGCUAGUGAUGUAGCAGAAAGCUAAUAAUUGCUAGUGAUGUAGCAGAAAGCUAAUAAUUGCUAACGGUGUAGCAUAAAGCUAAUAACUGCUAGUGAUGUAGCAUAAAGCGAAUCAUUGCUAAUGAUGUAGCAUAUGCUAUGUAGCAUAGCAAGUGUUUCUAUAUGAAGGGAAUGGCUUUGGGUGUUCUGCUCGGUAGCUGUGUGAAACUGUUUUGGUGUGUGUGUGAGAGAGAACCUUUACUUCUAAGGCAGCUGAAAUAGUUGACCAAAGCAUGGAGCAUUGCUCUUGUAGUUCUGUGCACUGCUCUUAGCCCUGAGACAUAUUCAAAAAAAUGUAAAUUCUGAAUUUCAUGUGAAUCUCUCUCUCCCCCCCCGUCCGCCCUCGGAACUGUCUACCUCACCCUUGGCUCUCUCUUCCUUUUCUUUCAUCACCCACAGACCCAGACCAAACCUCUUCUGCACUAACCUACAGACCCAGACCAAACCUCUUCUGCACUAACCUACAGACCCAGACCAAACCUCUUCUGCAC